AUUCGGCGCGGUCACUCAAGCGGAAGCGCGAUCAAGGCAACAGGGCGCUCGAGUGCAAUGCGUCACGCACAAUAAUUUCCGUUUGCAAUAAAAAUAAAUUACUUGAAGGGGAACGAGUGUUUGCGUAGAGUAAACGCGAUGCUAUGCUGUACACUUAAAGCGAUGCGAGCGGGGCAGCCAUCGUACACCACAACCUCCCGUACGCCGCUGAAGCCAAUGCUGCUGCUGCUAAUGCUGCGCCUGGCUACAGUUGGUGCAAUCGCCGUAGACAAGUCGGAUGGUGGCAGCAAUAAGCUGCAAAUUGAGGAGCCCGCCGAGCCGCUGCUCGAUCACACACAAUCGCAUUUCUUGCCAAAGCGUUCCGGGAUUGUGCAGCUUUUCGAGUGGAAGUUCGCCGACAUUGCGACGGAAUGUGAGCAGUUUUUAGGACCACACGGCUUUGCGGGUGUACAGGUCUCGCCUGUUGCUGAGCAUUUGGUCGUGCGUUCCGCCACUGUUCGGCAUCCGUGGUGGGAACGCUAUCAACCGUUAUCCCUUGAAAUCGUCUCACGCUCUGGCAACGAGGAGGAAUUCCAGCAGAUGACACGCACCUGUAAUGAGGCUGGUGUGCGUGUGUAUGUCGAUGUGGUGCUCAAUCACUUCGCUGGCGCCUAUGAUGAGGAGACGGCGAGGGGCCAGCGUUUGCUUGUGGGUUAUGCCGGUUCGACGGCCAAUGCGAGUUCAUAUGAUUUUCCGGCUUUGCCUUUUACGCGUCUGCACUUUCAUAAGCCGUGUGAGUUGGUGGAUUAUUUGGAUGCUCAUGUCGUGCGCAACUGUGAGCUGAAUGGUUGGCCUGAUCUAAAUCAUUAUCGACUUGAUGUGCGCGCUAAUCUGACGGAGUUUCUCAAUCGCUUGGUGGGCAUGGGUGUUGCGGGUUUUCGUGUGGAUGCGGCUAAGUAUAUUUGGCCAAUUGAUAUUAAGUUGCUGUUCAAGAGUGUCAACGAUCUCAAUAGCGAAGAUUUCGAUUUUCCAGAGAAUGCGCGGCCAUAUGUGUACCAAGAUGUUGUUGAUUUGGGAGUUGAUUCUAUAUCAAAAACGGAGUACUCCAGUUAUGGCAUGGUCACGGAAUAUUUGUACGCCGCCGAAUUAGCCAACAUUAUCAACGGCAAAGCGCCGCUUAGUUCACUAAUAAAUUGGGGUCCGCCAAUGGGCUUCCUGCCGCAUCAGCAAGCGCUCGUGUUUGUUGAUAGUCAUGACGGGCAGCGAGAGCACGAACUUUUAGGCGCUAAUCAGCUACUCUCCUACAGACAACCAAGAAAGUACAUCAUGGCCACUGCAUUCAUGUUGGCCCAUCCGUAUGGACGGGUUAAACGGAUUAUGAGCUCAUAUUACUUUGCAGCGCAGCAGCUAGAACAAGGACCACCAAUGGAGGAAGGCGAGGCGCAGGAGGAAGUAGAGGGUGCCGAAGAAAAUGGGAUUGAAGCGAAAGGGGAAGAAGCCACAGAUGAAGACGCUACCACUGGCGAUGCACCGCCACCACAAAUACGUUCGCCAACAUUUGAUGAGUCGACUGGCCGCUGUGAGUUUGCCUCCGGUUGGGUUUGCGAGCACCGCUGGCCUCCCGUUGUAAAAAUGCUUGAGUUAGUCAAUACGCUUAGUGAGUUAGAAGAUGGUGUCAUGAAUUUCCAAACGGAUGGUCCAAAUCACAUAGCCUUCUGUCGUGGCAACAAAGCAUUCUUUGUGUUUAACAGCGAUGCACAGCAAGUGUACGAUGCCAUAGUGGAGACUUGUCUACCGAGUGGUGUGUAUUGUGAUGUGAUUAGCGGUGGACAUGCGGAAAAUAGUGGGCUUACAAGCGAAUGUGCAGGAAAGCGCAUAGUGGUCGAUACAGAGGGUAGAGCACAUAUUAUUUUGCCAGCAGCAUUUGGGUCGAAUGACGAGGCCGUCGGAAGUGAUUAUGAUGAAGCCGAUGUAGACGCGAAAGAUGCCUAUGAAAUUGCAGUAGGCGCCGAAGGAGAAUUUGGUGUGCUGGCCAUAUAUGAAGGCUGGCGAUUAGUAGAUGAAGUGCAGCUGGAUAAGCAAGAAGCCGAAAAAGGUACUGAAGGUGCACCGGCGGAUGCAGCUGAAGAAGAAACUAGUACGGAACCUGCGGCAGAGGUUGAUGCAGAGGAUACAGAAGAUGUGGAUAGCAUAACAGAAAUAGCAGAUGUAACGCAAGAGGUCGUGUCGCCUGAAGAGUUGAGAGAUGCGACGGUGGAGAAGAACGCUAAGCUGGAAGAGGACAUUGCGACUGAUGCGAGCAUUGAAAGUGAGCCCGCGGUUGACGGUACACAGGCGGAAGAGGAGGCGGAUGAAACAGAAGGCGGAGGAAAAGUUGUUGUAGGCAGUGAUGGGGAGGAAGAAGAAGGCGUAGGUGAAGCAGGAGGUGGUGAGCCGGCAGAAGAACCGGCGGAGGGGGCAGCAGUGCCUGUGGCUGAAGAUGAUAAUCCAGCAGAAAAGCUCGAAGAAGUUGCAGAAGAUGGCGAAGUUACAGCAGGUGAAAGCGAGCAGGUAGAAACCGCUGGCGUUGAAGAUGAAGCUGCUAACGCUGAGGAACCGGUGGAACCAGUAGAUACACCAGUAGAUGAACCAGCAAGUGAAGCAGCAGGGGAAGCAGCAGGUGAAGCAACAGAUGAAGCAGCAAUUGAGCCAGCAGGUGAAGCAGCGGAUGAAGCAGCAAAUGGAGCCGCAGACGAAGCAGCCAAUGAAACACCGGCAGCAGAUGAAACAGCAUCGGACGAGCCCGCACCAGCUGACAACAUACCGGCAGACGAAAAUCCUCCUUCAGAUACAGCGGAUGCUGGUGAAACGGAGCAGAUCACAGAGCCUGCAGAAACCCAAACUAAUGCACCUGAAGCUGAACCUGCAAACGAAGCAGGUAUUAUAGAGCAGGCUAAAGGAGUGAUGGAGGAAAUCGAGAACGGUGUGAUAAACAUUGCGCAUGAAGUGCAGGAUAAAAUCGCGGGGCAUACAGGCAAAGAUGAAGCGGGAUCGACAACAGAUAUUAAAGCGGGUGCGCAAAAUGUGGCGAAUAAAACAAAAGAUAUCAUUGCAAAAGCCGGCUUCAAUACAAAUGGCGCUGGAAGAUCACAAAGCAUCCGAUUGCGCAAUUUAGCAAUUUUAAUCGGUGUAAUUUUAAUAAAUGUUUACAGCACUUAGAUUAACUUAAACCCAA